GAGAUACGGUGCGGGAUUCAACUUUAUUUCCUGCAUCAGUCGUUAAGCUGCAAAUAUUGGUAUUAUAGCUCUUUACGAGGUCCUGUUUUCUCGUAAAAUAAGCGGGCAGGUAUAAAGUUAGUCUACUCUCUGUCACAGUGAGUUUUUUGUUCGGACCCCAGAGCUUCAGAACUUCUCCACUGUGUACAUACCCAGCUGAGAGUUACGAGCUUCUCAUAGUUUUCUGUUAAAAUGAUCUUAUGCCGCACGAGACACGAGCGUGAACGAAUAGAUCAAGUCUGAUUAUGAAAAGGUUCUAAGUUUUAACUUGCUAGAGUUCCCAGCAUUGGUGUUGAAGAAAAGUUUGGAUGAAAAUGUUUUGUUGGUAUUUUGCAAAGUAAGUUAACGUCAGUUGUUGAACGAAAUGAAUAUCAAUAUCGGAAGGUAUUUCUAUUUUCUCUAAAUUGUAAACUUUGUCACACAUUGUGCUUUUAUAAUUCUCGAAGUUAAAAGCGAGUGGAAGUUUUAGAAAUAGAAAAAAGGAUUCUUGAGAAAAAAAUAAACUCAUUUAAUACAGUUUCGAAAAAUAUUAAUCCUAUGAAUAAAAUAAUUAUUUUAUUUUAAUAGGAAAAAAAACAACCAGUCGAUUAUGUAAUCUGAGCUCCUUAAACAAGCGUCAAAUAUAUUACAUUAAGUGUUCUAAAUCGUCUAGGAAUUAAACAUGGAGGAACUUAAUGUAUCCGGUUUCCCAAACAUGACUGAGAAACAGUACUUGGAGUUGAGGAUGGGGCCUCAGCAGAUUUCUUCUGUCAUCAUUAUUCCAAUUACUGUCGUUUACGUCCUAAUAUUUGUGAGUGGAAUUAUUGGUAAUAUUGUGGUAUGUCUCGCUAUAACCAGGAACUCGCACUUUCAAACUCCAACUAACUAUUACCUUCUCUCCCUUGCUAUUUCAGAUCUUCUCAUUUUGAUAUUCGGACUUCCAAAUGACCUGAAACUCUACUGGCAGCAAUAUCCAUGGGUCUUUGGUGAAACAAUUUGCAAAUUACGCGCUCUGGUGGCAGAAAUGACUAGUUAUGCUUCAGUACUAACGAUAGUGGCUUUCAGUACUGAGAGGUAUAUAGCUAUCUGUUACCCGUUGUUUAUUCAGACAGUUUCGUCGUUAUCCAGAAGCGUCAAAAUCAUAUCACUUGUAUGGAUUAUAGCGUGUGUCAGUUCUAUACCUUUUGCCGUCUUUACAAAAGUGAAUUAUGUUGAAUAUCCAAAAGGAUCAGGAAUCCUUCUUAGAGAAUCAGCCUUCUGUUCACUUCCUAUGGAGAAUCAUGACAUCAGUCUUCCCUUACUACAAUUUGCAACUUUUGCAUUUUUCUGGUUGCCCAUGACGUUAAUUAUAAUACUGUAUGUUAAAAUUGGUCUGACUUUACGCCAUUCAUCACGUGCGCCUUCUGACGGCUCGAUGAUUGGUUCGCCAUCUUCUGGAAACAGCAGACAUUGCCAAGUUCGAAGGUCGAUCAACAAGAUGUUAGUUGCUGUUGUCAUCGCUUUCUUUCUCUGUUGGGCACCUUUUCAUGCACAGCGCCUCCUGGUGGUGUAUGUGCACCCUCAACAAUGGACGGUGAAUUUAAGAACUCUUAAUGAAGUACUAUAUUAUCUUGCAGGUUGUCUCUAUUACUUCAGCGCCACCAUCAACCCUAUCCUUUACUCUCUGAUGUCUGCCAAGUACAGAGAAGCCUUUAAAAGGGCUCUGUGUUCACUUCCACGUUCUAAACAACAUCGAGGUAGUAUGCAACAGCGUGACACUCCUGGACAGUUCGACAGUUCAUUGCGCCGCAAUCCAGGUUCGUUUUCUUCAAAAAAGAAAAAUCAAAUUGCAUUGGAGUAUAAGGGUUCCAUUCCAUUGGAGCAUCUUGUCACCACAGGAAUCAAAUGAUGGUUUGAUGUCAGAUUUCCCUCCCAGACAGAGAAGAAACUGUGGACGAACGAACACGCUAGAUGUUUACUGAGACAUCUUUAAGCUAUGGUCGGACGCCCAACAACGUUUCCAACAGCAAGUAACUUUCCAAGGCACUGGAAAGAGGCAAAUAAUAUAAGAAAAAAGAAGAUUCCCAGGAAAGUAAAAAAAAAUGUAAUAAUUGUGGUAUUCUACAUUUUGUUGCAGAUAAUCAAUAUUUCCUCCAAAUUUGGAAGGCAGAGGUCACUCAGUCACCAUUUUGUGUAUAAAGAUACGUCUGAUUAAGUACUGUUCGAUAUCAGAAAUAUAUAUAUGUUUAAACAUUUUGCCUAAACAAUGUUUCUUUUACAAUUACGUUCUCCUUUAAUAAUUAAUUUAUUCUAAUUAAAAACUACACAUUAGGACUUCAUUCCGUGUUUUUAUUAUAUAUAGCUGUAUAUGUAUUUAUGUCGACAAGUAAAUUUCUAGUCUUCGUCUCUUCAAAAAACAAAAAAUCUGACAAAACGCCAUUUUUAGAGUCAGCCAUGUUUAAAAUAAUGCCAAAUAUCUGACCUAAAAUACGCUUUAUCUCUAGGUAUAAGAGCUAGUGAUUUUAGUCAUUUCAAUGGACAUAAUAAUUUAGUGUUAUUAUAUUAUUUUGCUGCGACUUUACAGCAAAUAUAGUAAAUGUUUGAAUUCAGUUUCUUUCACGUCAUUUGGCCUUUUAUUUUAACUCAACUGACAAAGACAUUUAUUUGUGUUUGGCUUGCGCGUGACUUCUAUGCACGUAUAUAUGCCUCUCCCUAGUGUAGCCUAACGAUCUAUAUUGCUUGAUAAACUUGCACACAGUGUUCCUGUAAGUCACGUUAAAAAACAGCGAUAAGACAUUUGACAGCUGGAGCUCUCUAGCUGCUGCCUUUCCUCUGAUUAUAAGAUAUGUCCCUGUGGAAGCGAUUGAAUUUUUAUCUGUUUUUGAAUGAAAUUUAGCAUUUUUUUUAAUUCCUUGAAGCUGUGUGUAUUUUAUUAUAAAUUAAAUUUUAUGUAAUCCGUAUUGUUGCAAAUCUCUUACAUUUUCUGUGAAGAAUAAAGUAAU